UUCACCGAAAAGUGGUGUCUGUGUGGGUGUUGAAGAGAAUUAAUCGAAUAUACAUUAUCAUGUCAUUUACUCAUUAUACGCUCUAGUUGGCUAACAAAACGAGAAGGAAUAACAACAGACGAAAUUGUUUUUUUACACCCAGGCAGCCUCGCAAGCAGAAGCCUGAAUGCCAAAGAAAGAAACUUUGUUAAUCCGAUUUUUGAACUGCCUAAGGCAAAUGCUCCAACACAUCAGGACCAUCCCAGAGAUAAUUCUGUUAGGAAACAACUCGCCGAAUGUGAAGAGGAUACCGGUGUACUCUUUCAUGGUGCGACAUCCUAGAGGAAUAUUCCUGCAUCACAACUUCGUCUGUGCCGUGCUAAACGAUGUAUUCGGUAUCCAAGCCAGGGCUGGGUGUCCCUGCUCUGGAGUUUAUGCACAAGAUUUACUGGGGAUUGAUCAAAGCUUGGCGGAUCAGUAUGAGAAUAUCAUACUCGAAGACAGGCGACUAAGCAGCUUAAACCUGGGAGCAGAGAACUCCACCCUCCGACUUCUCCGACCCGGCUUCACGAGAAUCAGUCUUCCAUAUUUCAUAAACGACUCUGAACUGGCUUUCAUUAUGGAGGCGGUCAAAAUGGUGGCGACCGAAGGUUGGAAAUUGCUGCCGCAGUACGUGGUGGACCUGGACACUGCAGAAUGGAGACAUCACUCGAACGCCGUGUCGAAAGAUAGGAAGUGGUUGUCUUCCAUCAGAUACAUUGACGGUAAGAUGACGAUGAACGAACGUCGAAUAUCCGGCCCCGGUCUCUUCCCGCAAAACUACUCAGAGUGUCUACAAACUGCCAGGAACCUGUUCAACAAGGCAAGGAAAACCGUGAACAGAACUCCCUAUCCAGACCAAGGCAUCGUGUUCGACUCCCGAGGUGAGAAGCUGAGGUGGUUCAUGUUGCAGCACGAAGCGCAGAGUUUGCUGACCAGCAAUGCACAGAAUGUCAAGCAGAAGGUGCCAUUUGAUCCUAUUGCGUACUCCUCGAGGAAGUCAGAAAAGGACUGCGACAGGGAGAAGGAAGAGAAAAGAGAGGAGGUUGUGCCGCCGCAGCCCAAUCCAUGUGGGUCACCUAGACACUACAGUCUUCCAUCUAUAGACGACCCUCGAGUCAUCCAGUGUUCAUCGCCAGUGCCAUAUUUCCUGCAAGACGUGAAUGGUCUGUAUUAUCCUCAGAUCUCGCAGGGUACAGUUAACUUCGCCGUAGGAGAAUCCGUGAAUUCUAGUUUGAAUCAUCAGUUGCAACAGAAUUUUGCUAGGGAGAGAUGUUUGAGCUUAGGAGCACCCAAUGUGUCACCUCCUUUGCUCAGCCCAUCAACAAGAGUUAGCUUAGGAAUGGGUAGUAGACAGCGUCAGUUCAGCUAUAGCAGCCAGAACGAGCCGAACUCUUUAGAAUCCGACGCAAACAUGUCACCAACAACUAGUCUGACUUUGCUCACCGGAUACGAUUGCUCGCAGUGCGGCAGGAGCUCUCCAGCACCUGAUUUGCAGACUUAUGUCACGGAAAUGACCAAGGAGCUUGCCACUAACAUCAAGUCAGAGAUUCGAGAAGUGAUAUCAAAGGUUGAGGAUGUACUGGAGAAUACAGAUAGCGCUGGGUCCUUUUACGAACGUCAUGGCAGUGGCAGUGAAGAUGGAAGAAGUGAUUCUAUCAGUGCAAAUGAAGUAGCGGAAUACCUGGAAAAGGUGUCCAUCGAAAUGGCUAACGAAGUGAAAUCAGAAAUCAGAGACGUAGUGAGCGCAGUGGACGUCUUCAUCACUCCAGAUAGCCAGGAAAAAAGAUCUUAUUCCAGAGCGUCUAGUGCCGGGGAAGAUAGAGCAAUGCCAGACAUAUACACUCCGGGGUCUAGCAGCGAAACAGUCAUUCAGAUGAUCAACAAAUCCGUAAGCACUAACAAAUUAGGCGAAGAGGAAAAGAUGAAUAAUGAAAAGGCCUGUAAGAGUAAGAUUCUGUCGUCUACUGUGGCGAGUGUUAGCAGCCAGGACAGUGGAAUCAACUUAUCUUUCCAUGAGCAUGAUGCUGCUAAUCAAAACCAUGAAAUUAAGGUCAGGAGCAAUUCAGAAUCUUUACACGGCCAUAGGAAAUCGGAUUCAGAGAUUCGGUUUUCCACGCUCCAAAAACAGAAAUUGAAGAUCUUCAGGGACUUGAGCGAUGGGGAUGAACGGCCAUUAUGGAACUGUCCUCAGAAGACCGUGUGGCAUCCAUCUGUAGAUGCGAUAACGGAGUUUGACAUGAUUAGGGACGGUGAUAAAGUUAUGGUAUGCCUGUCUGGAGGUAAGGAUUCCCUCUGCCUGCUGCACACUUUGUUGCAUUAUCAGAUUCACGUGCAGUCUAAAGGGGUACUCUUCAGCAUAGGUGCCGUAACUGUCGAUCCAGAUUCUUCUGGAUGUGAUCCUUGCGUUCUCAUUCCGCAUUUGAAGACCUUGGGUGUACACUAUAUUAUCGAUGAUAAAAAGCCUGAUCUCGGACUGGAACCAGAAAAGCAAGUUGAAGCCAAAGAGAACUACUACAGUUUCGGUACAGCUAUGUUGAGACAUCGUUUGUAUGCGGCAGCCAAAAGUUCUGGAUAUAAUGUUCUGGCUAUCGGACAACAUUUGGACGACGUUUGUGAAAGCUUUUUACUGUCUGUUUUCCAUACUGGAAGGCUUAGGGCAUUGAGGGCACAUUAUUAUAUUAGGGAACACGAGCUGCGGGUAAUCAGGCCACUGGUGCACGUCCGUGAGAAGGCUCUGCGUCAGUUCAGUUCCAACGAAAACCUUCCAGUUUUCACCAGUCCGGUGAGUCCCAAGAUCUCCAAGGAACGUCAGCGCAUACGACAGCUCUUAGCUCAGCAAGAAAUUUUGUUCCCAAAACUAUUCUGUUCCCUGAAGGCAGCGUUGCGUCCGCUUAUCGGUCACGAAAUCAAGGGGUGUGAGAUCAGGCCCAGGAAGAGGUGGAAGGCUGCACAAGAUGGAGGAGGUAGAGAAGUAGAUGGAGAUAACGAGGAGACUGAUGAAGAGACUGUUGUUGAGGUGGCUAAGAGUGAGCAAGAAACAGGUGCUUAGAUAUGGAUGGGAGACUGAUAAAGAUAAUGUCGGGGUGGUUAAAAUUGAAUAAUGAACAGGAGCUUAGAGUCGGGUAGUCCAAUGUUGUAGCGGUGAUUCAUUUAUCAUUCGAUCCGCUUUGUUAUUCAGCAGAAUAACAUCCAAUAAAUAGCAGUCGUUGACUAUAUCGUUGAAUAUAUUUAAGCACUUGAUAAUUAUUCAUUUAUACCAAAAUGGCGGAGAGCAUGGCGGGGUUUCACAUCGGAAUAGAGUUAUAGUGAAAGAAAUUAAAAAAAAAAACAUGAAAUGUAAGUAAUAAUGAAAUAUGACAAAGUUUGCCCAUACAAAAUUAUGCCUUUAAAUUUGAGAUUUUAAAAAAUCUAUUGAUUACCUACAGGGUGAGUCAUAACAUAAUGACAAUCGACUGAAAUAUAACAUCAAAUCUUAGUGCAGACGCAUAGGUUUUUCCAUCCACCACAAGGAAUGUUCACUCCAUUUUUUCCAGACCAUACUCGAUCAUUGCUACCACUCUGUUUAAGAAUACACAUUUUUUCCCAACUAACCGCAGAAAUCACUAUUAAUGACAGAGAAGUAUCUUUUAUCUCCCUAGGUGAGCAAUGAUAACAAAAAACACCCAGGGAAAUAAUAAUGACAUUUAAAACACAUCAUACAAAAUAUUUAAUCUUGUAAAAUCGAAUGUAGAGACAUACAGUUUUAAUAGAGAAAAGUUCUUAAUAUUUAUACGUCUUUUGAGGAGGUAGUUAUUGAUUUCGCACAUUAUAUCUCUCGCUACUCCGCCUUCGAUUGUAAAAGUUCUCAACUAAUAAUGGCUUACUUCUCAACCUAGGUAUGUAAUGUACUAUUGUCAGUAUUCCGUUUUGGAGUAAAUUUACCUUUUUUACUGUUAUCACCGUUAUAACGUGUAUGUUAUUAACAUUUUCUCUAAGAAAUUUUCAAAUACUCCAAAAAGUGUCAUAUCAAAUCUUUUUGAAAAUUAAAAUCUGUAAAUAUCUUAAGUCUGUGAGUUCUUUUGGAAAAAGUCCCUGGCGUAGAGAACAUUCAUCACCAAAUUUUUAGCCAGCUCUUCAUCCCUUUCAUAGAUAUAUAUUUCGUCUUCGAUUUCAUAAAUACAACUUUACUAUUCUGCAUUUAAGCAAGAUGAUAUUUUAGACCCUAUGUUAUAGUAAGUUUUCAUAUUAUUGGAAAUAUAUUUUCUGUUCAUCAUACUUACAUUACACUACACUGUAUAUCAUGCACACAUUUUUAAUUUCGAAAUCUUUAAACAAAACAGAAUGCACACCUCUUAUAAACAUUUAAUAAUAUUUCUUUUAGCUAUUUUGUAUUUUAUUCACUAUAACUCUGUUCAGAGAAAUUCCCUGUCCUUUACAGCUAUAAAAACUCUCUAUUUCAAAUUUCUGUUCCUCUGUAUGUUUCCGUGUUAUGCUGUUAGGCGUAAGUACUCAUUGUUUCUUAUGAAUCAUUGCAGCAUUGGGCUAAUACGAUAGUGUGAAAUUUAAUGGUUCAGCGUUUUAUAAUGAACUCGGUAUUUUGGAAAAGAAAAAUAUUUUGUAACAUAUUUUUUAUCGGUUGCAAACUACGUCAAAGGUUUGCAGUUUUAGAACACUGUAAGAGAGUUUACUGUUGUAUUUUACGGUGAACAUGAUGCGAGAUAAUAAAUAUGUUUUUAUUUUACGAAUCUCGAAUGGAAAAAUUAUUAUUCAGAGAAAGAUACUUUUUCCGAUCGUUUACUUUGAUCUAUUUCUAUUAACCUCAACUACCAUGACCAAAAACAGUAACAUUUAUACCAUGGUAGGGUCAAAUUUGAUCCCAUUGUUUUUCUACAUAAAAAAUCGUUUACCUUCUUUUUACAUUAUUUUGUUUUCAACUAGUUUUACAUUUUUAUAAAAAAAAUAAUAAUAAGGUUAGUUAUUGGUAUCCAGUCAAAUUAACAAAGAUGUGCACUUUCUAAAAUUAUAAGAAAAAUUAUGAAAAUUUUCAGUUUUUUGGUCUUCAGUGGUGAAUUUUAGGUAUCAUAACUGCUAACUAAAAUAAAAAAAUUGAUUUAGAUUUCGUAUUUAAAAUAUAACAAGCAUGUUUUUGACUUUACUUUUAAACACAACUUCGUGCGAGCAUGAUUUUUGCAAAUAAAUUCUCGACAUUUAUAGCUCGUUGAGCUUUCUUUCUUUUGAUUUUUAGAAUAUGGACAUAUUUUGCACCUUCCCUUCUUUUUUCCUCGUUGUGCUCUGGAUUUGCGGUAGGCACUGGUUCCUGAAGUCACUGGCCUGAUCUAAAGGCUCACUAACACUAUCUAGCCCAUUGUCCAUAAUUGUUUGCCCCUGUAUUGCCAUUACACCCCGUCAUAUCAAAUUACUCGCUCAUCCUGAUGACAUUCGUAGAGCGACGAAUCUCGUCCAUGAAGUGAGAAAUGCUCUCCAUGAAUCCUGCAUUGAGCAGUGGAGCGGCUUUCUGGCGGGAAUGCUUGAAUCAAGUAUUCCUCUCUGGAAAGUGGCAAAAUCGCUCAGAAACGGAAGGCAAGAACAACUACCACAUAUUCAUGGUCCUGGAGGCAUAGUUUUCAGGACUGAGGAUAAAGUGGAGGUUUUUGCUGACGUCAUGGAAAGGCAGUUCUCUCCCAAUUAUGAUCUGGAAUGACCUUAACGAGGAACGAAAAAUUGUAAGAUCUGUCAGGAGAUACUUCAGAGCGAAUG